AUCCUUUUCAGGUUUAAUAUUGUAAUCAUGAUGGGCAAAGUCGGCAUUUUGAUCCUCAGCAUGCUUGUGGAAUCUGUCCACUGUCAAUGGAAGCACACCCAAAUAUCAGAACUUGGGUCAGACCUGGGGAUGAAGAUUUUCAAUCAUGUUGUUAACUCCAAUCCAACAGAGAACACAAUUGUAUCUCCCCAUGGAAUUGCUUCUGUACUCGGGAUGCUGCAGCUAGGUGCAGGUGCAAGAACAAGACAACAAUUGAACAUUGCCCUGAAAUACAACUCUUAUGGUAUUUACAAAAAACUCAGAAGGAUACACAAGUCUCUGACCGAGAGCAGAAAUCAGGACAUAGUAACUAUUGCCAAUGGAAUAUUUGCACCCAGUGACUAUGCAGUGGAACAAUCUUUUCUUAAAAAGAUUAAAGUUUUGUACCAAGCUGCAGUGAGAAAUGUGCAUUAUGAAAAUCCUGUGGAAGCUGCAUCAGCAAUCAACCUAUGGAUUAGAAAUCAAACCAGAGGUAUGAUUACAAAUCUGAUUUCACCAUCGAUGCUCAGCGGACCCACCAGGCUAGUGGUGGUCAAUGCACUUUUUUUCAAGGGUUUGUGGAAGUCAAGGUUUCUCCCAGAAAAUACUCGCAACAGGGAUUUCCAUGCAGCUGAUGGAAGUGUGUAUCAAGUUCCAAUGAUGUCUCAAAAAGCAACCUUCAACUUUGGUAUGGCCAUCACACCAACUAAUGUGAAAUAUUAUAUCCUUGAGCUGCCAUACCAUGGAGGCACAAUCAGUAUGUUUGUUGUUGUCCCCGAAGAUUAUAAUAUCCCACUCUCUACAAUUACUCCUCACCUCAAUGUACAAUCUAUACAUGACUGGAAGGGAAUUAUGAGGGAAAAAAAACUUGAUAUCGCCUUCCCCAAGUUCACAGCUGAGGCAGAGAUCAACUUGGAGAGUCCCCUUUCAGCUCUUGGAAUCACAGAUAUGUUUGAUAAAACUAAAGCAAAUUUUGGAAAGAUUUGCAGAUCUGGUGAGCUGUAUGUUUCACAGGUAUUACAAAAGGCUAAGAUUGAAGUGAAUGAAGAUGGAACUAAAGCUUCAGCAGCAACAGCUGCAAUUAUGAUGGUAAAAUCUUUGAGGAUUAUUCCUCCAUUUGUGGUUGACAAACCAUUCAUCUACAUUGUAUGGCACAAUCCUACAGGGACAGUCCUUUUCAUUGGACAAGUUUCAAAACCAUAAGAAGCCAAUUUCGAUAGGACAAGUUUCAAAUGGGUUUCCACUAUAAAUGCAGGAAAUGUCAAAUUGCUGCCUUCCAAGUGGCUUGGUGAAAUGCAGUGCUAAUAUAUACAAACACUGACUUUAAGAAUGGAAUGAAUAAUAGCUUUACAUGGAUACAUUUUUACCUUGCAUUGAAUGUUUGAUUUUGUAAUUUUGGUACAGAAUUUUAAUAUUUGUUUUAUACAAGUGUAGUAUUGCACCUGAGAGGAACACUAAGCAUUUGAGUGAUUUUUUUUUCUUUUUUCUUUUUCUUUUUUUGACCAAGUAUUACUGGAUCGAAACAAAAUUCUGAAAUUUUAGAUGGAAAUGUUGAACAGUUUUUUUUUUUUUGUUUGAGAAAAUGGUCAAGUUGGUUCAGUGAGAAAUGUCAAUGUGCUCUUAUCCAAGAUAAAACAAAGUUUCAAAUAAUUCUACACGGUUUCAGUUUUGCAUAUAUUUUAGUUGUGUAGAACCACCAUCUUGUUUUUCUUGGAAAAUUGCCCACCAUUCUCAUUCAUUAUGGAGCUUCUAUGUAGUAAUUUCAAAGACAUGGAAAAGGUCAACAAACCUCUAGACUUGCACAGUAAUUCAUACUACUCUCUUCAGGCUAAAUUUUAACCAGUUUGAAGUUAAAUAUUUUGGGGUAUAAAUUUUAAAAAUUUGAUAACUACUUUGCUGUGCAAGUUGCUGCCCAUAUUUUUUUCAAUAAUGAACAGUUUUUUUAAUUCUCAGAAGCAAUUCAAAUUAUUUGACUAAAUGCUGGAGUAAUUGUGUAUUAAUAUUUAUUUCAACACAAGGAAGUAACAUGGUUUCCUGAAUAAUUAUUAUAGCAAAGAUCUUUCUGCAUUUUGAAAUGUUAUGCAAUCUGAUUUGAAAGAAUGCUUUGCUUUACACUAAAAUCAAAUCAUUCAUUACCAAUAACCUUCCCUUUUUAAAUACUAACAAAAUUGGUGUCCUAUCUGAAUGUUACUGCCUCAUUGCUUAUUUGUGAAAGUGCAUUACAACAUGAAAAUUUGUGUUCCCAACAUGUAUAGUAUGAAGAUCAUCUUUUUUUAAAUGCUGUUCAAGAUUUUGUUUGAUUUGUCUAAAUAGGAACUCUGGUUCAACAUGUAGAUUUUAUCUGACCUAUAAUUUUGAACAAAGUGUAGAACAUUUGCAAUAAACAAUGGAAACAUUUUUAAUGUCUUAAUAAAAUGAAUUUAGUACCAUA